AUGAAAACUAUAUGGCCGAUUUAUUCUUUGCUACUUACUGCUAUCAAUGCUCAAUCACUGUGUGACAAAGCAUCAUUUGUUGAUCGAGCCGGAUGGGGUGGACGAGAACCGACUUCGAUAACAAACCUAACGAGAAAACCUUUCUCAUUUUAUGUCAUUCAUCAUUCUUAUGAUCCACCAAAUUGCUAUGAUGAUACUUCGUGUAUUGAACGAGUAAAACAGAUUCAAGAUCUCCAUCAAACUACAUUCGGAUGGGCUGAUGUUGGUUAUCAUUUUUUAGUUGGCGAAAAUGGAAAAGUUUAUGAAGGUCGAGGAUGGAAUCGUCAAGCUGCUCAUUCACCCGGAUGGAACGAUGAUGCAUUCGGUAUUUGUAUUAUGGGUGAUUUUAGAACAGCACCUCCAAAUGAAAAAGCAUUAAAUGCAGUACGUUCGUGGAUUGAUUGUGGUAUUAAACGCGGUCAUGUCAAAGAAGAUUAUUAUAUUAUUACUCAUCGACAAUCCCAACGACCGGGUUAUACGGAAUGCCCUGGCAAUGGUACGAUGGAUGUUGUAAAUAAAUGGCCUCGAUAUUGUUCGUUUCAAAAUCCUGGUACACCGUUAGAUGCAAAUGAAACAUUAUUAUCUCUUGCUAAUAAUUUCUGUCGAAAAGAGGUUCCAUCUCCUUCAUCUGCUUCAACAUAUUUCAUUACACCCGUGAUUUUAUUUUUUCUAUUAUUAAUCUAUUCUUUGUAA